CCCGCUCCCUCCUCUGUCGGACGAGGAAAUCGCUUUCCUUUCUCUGCCCACGGUCCUUCUCUUCGUCGUCUACUUUUGUCAAACCCCCUCCGACUUAUCUCGCCGCGUCCUCUUUGCUGAGCCGCUCGCGGCCCCUCGCCGCCGCGCUCUCCUCUGCGAUCCGCGGCGUUGCAUCGACGAGAGGUUUGUCGACGCGGGCCUCUACGUCUUCCCUCAAUGAUCCGAACCCUAACUGGUCGAAUCGGCCCCCGAAAGAGACGAUCUUGCUCGACGGUUGCGAUUUCGAGCACUGGCUUGUCGUCAUGGAGAAGCCUGAGGGUGAUCCCACUAGGGAUGAAAUCAUCGACUACUACAUCAAAACCCUAUCCCAGAUCGUUGGCUGUGAGGAGGAAGCAAGGAUGAAGAUAUACUCUGUGUCAACUAGAUGCUAUUAUGCUUUCGGAGCUCUUGUGUCGGAAGAGCUUUCCUACAAGAUCAAAGAAUUGCCUAAUGUACGAUGGGUUCUUCCCGAUUCGUACUUGGAUGUAAAGAACAAAGACUAUGGAGGUGAACCUUUCAUUGAUGGAAAGGCUGUUCCUUACGAUCCCAAGUACCAUGAAGAGUGGAUAAGAAACAAUGCCCGGGCAAAUGAGAGGAACAGGCGCAAUGAUAGGCCUCGCAACUUUGACAGAAGCAGGAAUUUUGAGAGAAGAAGGGAGAAUGUAAGGGGAAACCAGGGACCAAACAUGGGCGGCUCUCCUCCUCCUCCUCCUCCCAACAUAGGUGGCUCUCCUCCUCCUACCAACAUGGGAGGAGGCAUGCCUCCGAACAUGGGUGGUCCGAACAUGGGAGGGAUGCAAGGGAACAUGGGGCAGAUGCCACCACCGAACAUGGGCCAGAACUACAUGGGACAGCAGCCGCCACCACCGAACAUGGGCCAGAACUACACGGGGCAGCGGCCACCUCCACCAAACAUGGGUCAGAACUACAUGGGACAGCAGCCACCACAGAAUAACAUGGGAGGUGGGAUGCCAAAUGCAGGAUGGUCGGGAAACAACGUGCCUGGUAACUUCCAGCAGAACAAUGGAUACCAGGAUCAGGGCGGAAUGCAGAAUCCACCACAGUACCAGAAUGCCUACCCGCCCAACCAAAACCCCUACAAGGGUUAAGUAGCAGAACCGUCUUAGUUUUUCCUCAAGCAUUCCAGGCACGAUGUAUAGACAGCCUUUAGCAACUUUUGCAUGGAUUUGGAAGUGUCCCAAUGGGCUGUUUUCUUCUAUGUUAUGAAAUUCCAGUAUUGUCUAUCUAUAUGCUAAACAGGAGAGAUUCAUCAUGGUUUAAAUCCAUUAUUUCUGCUUCAAACA